AUGGACUAUGAAGCAGCCAGAGACCGAGCAGUGACUGGGAGCUUGUUACCUCACAUUUACUUGUCGUCCGGGCAGCAGUUACUCCAAAUUGGGACGCGAGGUUGGCAUGCCUGCACGGGCGUGGCGCGCGUCCUGGGCGCACGCGUGCUGUGCGUGCUGGGGACACGUGGCCGCGUCCCGCACGUGUUUGACAUUUGCCGCCGUGGAGCGGGCGGGGCGCCGGUAGCCGGAGCAAAGCCCCGCGGCUCAUCCCGCCCGUGCUCGCUGCUGUCGUGCGGCGCGGGCCGCGAGUGCCGCCUGGACGGGGCGGGGCGCGCCUCCUGCGAGUGCCGGCGCCGCUGCCCGGCGCGCGCGCGGCUGGCGGUCUGCGGCAGCGACGGCCGGCGCUACGCCUCGCACUGCGACCUGCACAGACAGGCCUGCCUCCAGCGCCGCCGCAUCGCCUUCGACCACAAACUCGCCUGCCUGCGGCAGCCGACGGUGUCACUUUCGCUACUGCUAGCUACUGACACGAAUCUUUGUGCUGCGGCAGGGAACUGGACGGAACAGGAGCAGACGACACCUGCUGCGGAUGCCUCGCAGGAGUCUGGUUCGGACCUGGACUUGCUCAAUAACUCCGUUCCGGACGAUCCAGGGCCGCGCGUGUGCACCCUGCAGCAGUACGAGAUCAUGAAGGAUAAUCUGCUUCUGUACAACCACGCCAGACUGAUGGCAGAAGACAACCGCAGUUCUGGUAAGGAGUACCUGGUGAGCAUCAUGUUCAGCCAUUACGACCAGAACAACGACGGCGCCCUGGAGAAGGAGGAGCUUGACGAGAUCACGACCAAGGAGCAGCUGCGGCAGCUGUCCAAAGGCUGCACGCUGGGCCACAUGGUCGACUUCGACGACGCGGACAAGGACGGCCACCUCGACAUCAACGAGUUCUACAUGGCCUUCAGCAAGCUCUACAGCGUGUCGGUGGUGUCGCUGGACAAGGCGCUGCAGGUGAACCGGCUGUCGGCUCGCGUGGGCGACAACGUGGAGAUAAAGUGCGACGUCAGCGGCACGCCCCCGCCGCCCAUCGUGUGGCGGCGCCACGGCGCCGACCUGGCCGCGCUCGCCGGCGACGGCGUCGGCGUCCGCGUCUUCAGCGACGGCUCGCUCUACCUGACGCGCGUCCAGCUCGUGCACGCCGGCAACUACUCCUGCCACGCGCAGCGCAACAAGGACGUCGUGCAGACGCACGUGCUCACCGUGCACACAAUACCGGAAGUGAAGGUGAUGCCGAAGAUACAGUACAGACGUCCUGGGGAGCAGGCGUCCAUGUUCUGCCACGUCGUGGGAGAGCCUUUCCCUAAGGUGGAGUGGCUGAAGAACGACGAGCCGCUGCGCGCGCGCCAGUGGCCGCGCAAGUACGACCUGGUGGGCAACGGCACCGAGCUGCGCACGCGCCACAUCGCCUACGCGGACACCGGCGCCUACAUGUGCCAGGCGCGCAGCGUCGGCGGCCUCACCAGGGACAUCUCCUCGCUCGUCGUCCAGGACGAGCCCACGCCCACGGCACCCAACGAGGAGAGGCGCUUCUUCUCAUUCCACGACUGGGGCGUCUCCGUGUACGAGCCGACGGCGUGCCGCCUCUACCACCAGAUACAGGCCACCGACAUCAUCCCAGGGACGCAGCAGUACGUGUGCGGCGACAAGGGCGCCAACUGUAGCUGGGGGCAGGCCAUCAACGUGGCCAACCGCUACGUGUACGUCGCGCAGCCCCGCAACGACCGCGUCCUCGUCAUCAGCAAGAUACAGAUGGUCGUCGUCGACGUGGUGGUGACGGACAAGUUCCCCGUGGAGCUGCACUACGUGCCGCACCUGGACCAGGUGUGGGUGCUCAACUGGCGCGCUGAGCACGACAGCGGCGUCAAGACCAUCCAGGUGAUCCGCGACGCCUCGCAGAAGCGCAAGCACCACACCGUGCACCCCGAGCCCAUCGACGGCCAGUUCGACCUCGUCCAGGGGCUCUUCGUGCCGCCGCUGCAGGACCUGCGCUACAACUUCCAGUACGGCUACGUGUCGCACUGGAAGCAGCGCGGCCUCUACAAGAUCGACCUGGCCAACAUGCGAUACGUCCGCAGCGUCGACCUCUCGCUCUACAACUGCGUACCGCGCCAUCUGCAAUUCUCAUCUCUGUACGGGCUGGUCAUCGUGGAGUGCGAGCAGCCGGCGGGACAGCUGCUGCUGGACUACCUGACGGACGCCGUGGUGUCCCACAGGGCUCAGGUCUCGGGCCGGCCCUACGUCUCGCCCGAUAGCCGCGCCGUCGUCACGCUGGACCGAGGACGCGACGGCGUCACGCUCGUGGUGCAGCGCGUGCAGGACGACGGCCUCAAGUUUCUGUUCGACGUGAAGACGACGCUGAACGUCAGUGACAUCGCCUUCUACCCGUCUAGAACGAACCACGGAUACGACCUGUACGCCAGCGGAACCGAUAAGGAGGACAUACUCUUUCUGAAUCUAGUCACAGGCAAGGUGGAGAUGAUCACAGGCGUGGGCCGCGCGAUGCCGGCCCGCCUGUCGCAGUGGGGCGCGCCGAACCGGCCCAUCGCCGCCUCGGGCGUCUUCGGCCACUACAUGGUGACGUCGGCCAGCGGCGCGCUCUUCGUCAUCAACGGCGAGACGCGCACCGUCAACUGCGAGAUCGGCGGGCUGGCGCGGCCGCGCGCGCUCGUCUGGGUCACGAUGCGCCUGCAGUGA